AUGCACAAUAAGUUGUAUACAGCGGCAGUAACAGAUCCGCGCGAUGGCCGCCGCGUGGCCCUCAAGAAGCUGCCCAACGUGUUCCAGUCGCUCGUCUCCUCUAAACGCGUCUUCCGCGAGCUCAAGAUGCUCUGCUUCUUUAAACAUGAAAAUGUAUUGUCGGCGUUAGACAUCCUCCAGCCGCCGAGCCUCGAUUUUUUCCAAGAAAUUUAUGUGAUCACGGAGCUACUACAGAGCGACCUGCACAAGAUAAUCGUGUCGCCGCAACACCUCUCAGCCGACCACAUCAAAGUCUUCCUAUACCAGAUACUCAGAGGUUUGAAGUACCUCCAUUCAGCUCGCAUCCUUCAUCGGGACAUCAAGCCGGGGAAUCUCUUGGUGAACAGUAAUUGCGUACUCAAGAUAUGCGACUUUGGUCUCGCGAGGGUCGAGGAACCAGACGCCACGAAAAACAUGACUCAGGAGGUCGUUACACAGUAUUACAGAGCGCCGGAGAUCCUGAUGGGCGCUAACCACUACACGGCGGCGGUGGACGUGUGGUCUGUGGGGUGCAUAUUCGGCGAGUUGCUCGGUCGUCGUAUACUGUUUCAAGCGCAGAGUCCUGUUCAGCAGCUGGAACUAAUAACAGAACUGCUAGGCACCCCCUCGUUAGAGGACAUGCGGUACGCGUGCGCCGGUGCCCGCGCGCACAUGUUACGACGCGCGCCGCGCCCGCCCGCGCUCGCCGCGCUCUACACGCUGUCGGUACAGGCGACACACGAGGCCGUUCAUUUAUUGGCUCAGAUGUUAGUAUUCGACCCGGCCAAACGUAUAUCGGUGGUGGAUGCGCUAGCGCAUCCAUAUCUGGAAGAGGGUCGACUCCGCUACCAUUCUUGUAUGUGUAAGUGCUGCUACAGCGCGCCACCCGCCGCUAGACACUACUCGCCCGACCUAGAGCCGGUCGCGCCGCACGCCUUCCACGAUGGGUGGGAGAGGAAACUCACUUCUGUUCAUCAAGUUAAAGAAGAAAUCCACAAGUUCAUAGCGGAACAGUUGCAAACUUCGCGCGUGCCGCUCUGCAUCAACCCGCAGUCGGCCGCGUUCAAGAGCUUCGCAAGUUCGACUGUUGCUCACCCUUCCGAACUGCCGCCUUCACCGCACCAAUGGGAA